AUGCAGAGUGCUCAAAUAGCUAAUACCCCCACUGAUCAGUUCAAAUUCCACAUCAAAGCUCUUUUUUGCUUAUAUGAUUCAAACUCCGACGACGCACUUAGGAGCCUAACAACCUUGACCCAUUCUUGUCAAGAAAUAGCUUGUCAAACCUUUUCCCAAGAAGGUCAAGAUUUUCUGUGGUCCCAUUUAUCACACCCAAACAUUCCCUCUGGAGUGCCUGAUGCGAUAAUUCCAAGCAUCAUGAGUAGUGUUCAACAACUAUUCGACAACAACCUUGCAUUUGCAAUACCUUCGGAUUCGGGUUAUCGAGUGUUCCAUGUGCAAGUGUUCAUUAUAGUGGACAACGAGGAAUACGAUGAUGUCAUGCAAGCAAUGAUGGAAGAGUCCGCACAAGAUUUUAGAAUGAUUCCAGCUUCCAAGAAUGCUAUUCAUUCUCUGAAGAAGGUCAAGGUUACGAAACUGGAUGAGUACUGUCCUAUCUUCAUGGAAGAGUUCGUUGUGAGAGCUGGUGAUAAUGGAGGCAAAGCAGUCUCGGCAAUGCCCUGCGAUCACGUGUUUCACCAACGAUGUAUUGUGCAAUGGCUGCAAACUAGUCAUAUGUGUCCCUUGUGUCGCUAUCCUAUGCCCAUUGCCAGCAAUAUAUGA